AUGCACAAGGCGUUCACGCUUACCCAGAAGAGACGGGCACGAGACAAGAUGGCAAAGCGCUGCGACAAGCUUGUUGAUGCGGCGGAGAAUGUGUGGCCAAGAAACACGGGCUCUAUCGGUGCUCUUGUACGUCGAACGCUCGCCCGGACUGGCAUCGUCGGCAGCCGUGCCUCUCGCUUUGUGGUACCCGCCAAAACAAAGUAUCAAAAACAGGCACGCAAAUCUGCCAAACGCAUGCAGGGCCUCCAGAAAGAGUUUCUGCGAAAGGUCAACGAUCCAACUGAUGCCAUGGACAUGGAGCAUGCUAUCCAGGAGCUGUGUGAUACCAGCCCCCCCCCUGUGAAGCAGCAGACGUCACCCGCGAGCGAUGUUCCACCCAUCACGAACACCGAUGCUCCGCCCUCACGAACCCGACCUGUCGUAGUGGCCAAGUCACCAAUGGCUCUCCGCGCCCGACCGGGGUACUGUUUCUCCAUCCUCGCUCUGGCACACUACUCAGCAGCAUCCAACCAAAUGCACUGGUGA